AAAGAACGUCGAGAAGAAGCCGGUAAUUUAUAUACCAAUUAUACCAUAAUUGCUAGAUGUGUCAAAAACUUGAAGAACUGGGACUGAAGAUAAAGAUUUAUAAACUCACUUGUAAACAUACACCAGAGAUGAGUGACAAUGCCAACAUGAGCGACAACUCCAACAUAAGUGACGACAGCGAAGGAGAAAUUGUGUCUAAACAUCAUUCAAAAUUGCUCAAAGCGGUGGAAAAGCUUGACAAAGGACAAAGAGUAAAAAAGGCAGAAAGAAGUGAACCUACUCUGCAGGUUUCAGAGUUUCACUUGGUAAAAAGCGCCAUAACCGACAAAGAUGCGAUACAUCCACAAGAUUUGGUCAAAUCUUUAGGACAGAAAGGAUAUCAAAGCAACAUUACCAAAAGGUUUAGAUAUCUCCAACAGAAGACAAAAGUUCUUCCAAAACCAUUAGAAAAACCAACUGCUGAAAGGAUAAAAAGGACAGUUGGCUUUGAAAAUACUAAAAAAGACUUGCAAAAAUGGAACGCCAUAAUUGCUAAAAAUAGAACUGCCGAUCAUCUUUCCUUUCCAUUGAAACACAUAGGAAAGAUAAAGGAAUCUCCCACUGCAGAAUUUCUGAAAAGAUUUAGAGUAAAAUCUGAUCUGAUGACGAAGUUGGAGGAGAUAGAUAAGGAAAAUGGCAUACAGACGGAAGAAAAAGAAGAAGAAAAUCCAGAAGAGAAGUUCAAAGUGACAAUGAAAGAGUUGAUUCUGAAGAGAAAGGAAGCUGCCAAGCAAAGAGCCCAGCAGUCAUACAAAGAGGCAAAGGCAUCUCGUCAGCGCAAAAUAAAGAGCAAAAAGUUCCAUCGUAUUCAGCGAAAGCAAAUAGUUAAACAACAAAUAAAACAGUUCAAAGAACUGGAAACGACUGAUGCGCAGGCAGCCUUAGAAAAAUUGAAUCAAUUGGACAAAGUCCGCGCAGAAGAAAGAAUGACUUUGAGACACAGAAACACAGGUCACUGGGCCAAGAAUAAACAAAUCAGAGCCAAAUAUAACAAAGACGUUCGACAAGAACUUGCAGAGCAACUUGCGAUCAGUAAGGAAUUAACGCAGAAAGUGAGGAGGAAUGAUAGUGAAAGCGAGAAUGAGGAUAAAGAAGAUGAACUUCCUUCAAAUCCAAAUAAAGACAACGAUAAUCCUUGGACAAAAACUGAAUCUGAUGUCGAAAAUUUUAUCAAAAGUUAUCGACAAUACUGGACAGAAAAGCAUAAGAAAGAAGCUGAACAACAGUCAGAAAUUAAACAGCAAUCACGUUCUGAUGAAAAAGAUAAUGUGGAUACAGAUAAUGUGGAUACAAAUGAUGUAGAUACAAAUGACGUAGAUACAGAAAAUGUAGAUAAUACUGCUAACAAAAAACCUACAAAAUCAAAACGCAAGCGUCAGCAAAAUACGAACGAAGACGUCGUAGAUGCUGGGCAAAACUCGCAGUCUUCUUCCAAAAAAGGUAAUAAUGUAGAUACAGAAAAUGUAGAUAAUACUGCUAACAAAAAACCUACAAAAUCAAAACGCAAGUGUCAGCAAAAUACGAGCGAAGACGUCGUAGAUGCUGAGCAAAACUCGCAGUCUUCUUCCAAAAAAGAAUCAGAAAAAAAGAAAAAGGUAAAAAAGAUAAAAGAAACAGUUACGAAGUCCAAACGUGAAUCGAAUUCUUCUGUUGUUAAGAACAAAACAAAAAAACGCAAAAAGCCGGAGAAAGAUGAGGAAGAGGAAGAAGAUUACUUCCCAGAUCUCGAAUUCACCAACACUAAACGAAAAGUUACCUUUGAUGAGCCUUUGGAGGAAACAACCGGCAAAGACAGCGCGCAGAACUAUAGGAGUCGAACAAAUGUGAAAAUAACAAAGGACCUAAAAGAAGAGUUGACGAAAAGAACGAAGAAGGAAGCGGAGAUAGAUCCGAACAAGUAUUUGAACAUCAAACCGAAAUACUUACACACGCAACUGCCGGACAUUGCUACAGGUGAAGAGGAGGAGAACAGUGAGCCGGAUGAUGAUGAAGAAAGACGCAAAAUAAUGAGCGAGGCGUUCGCCGACGACGACGUUAUCGAGGAAUUCAGAAAAGAGAAGGAAGAGGCGGAAAAUAAAAAUGCGCCGCAAGAACUCGAUCUGAAAUUACCCGGAUGGGGAAGCUGGGGAGGACCGGCGGUGGAGGAAAAUAAAAAGAAGAGAAAGAGAAACAGAAACAGAAGAAAGAGCAAAAUGAUCAUAAUGAACGUUCCGAAACAAGCGCCGCGCAAGGAAGAGAACAAGGGCAAUCUGAUCAUCUUCGAGCACGAAAACAAGAAAUUGAAGAAACAUCUCGUGGACGAGCUGCCGCACCCGUUCACGAAAGUCGCGGACUUCGAAGCGAGUCUCAGAGCUCCCAUCAGCAGAACCUUCGUCGCGGAGAACGCGUAUUUACAGUUGAUCAAACCGUCAGUGACCACCAAGAUCGGACACGUGAUCAAGCCGAUGGACGAAAACGUUUUGGUGAAGAAGCCGAUAAUGAAGAAACGAAAACGGAACCUCGCCGCACCCGAGAAGAAGAACGACAAAAAGAGCGCCGCCGAGAAUACGAAACGGCGCAAAGUGAAGAAGUCUGUGCCAAAAGAUUAACUCUGCCAUUUUCUCAAGUAUAUAUAUGUACAGUAUAAAUGUGGUAAUAUUUACUUAUAUUAUGUACUGUGGUGCUGUAUAUAACAAUUUUAUAUACACAAAGUAAGACGAUAUAAAUUCUAUAGCAAACCAAAAUAUACGAAAUCUUUGUACAAAUUACCAGCUGCGAGAGUAAUGCACAAAUGUUGCACCAAUAAUAUCUCAAUAAUUAUCUUAACAAUGAAGCUGCAAUUUCAUAUGUAGAUAUUGUUACGCCGCUGUAAA